AUGUUUUUCUCACCUCUCCUUUGUGAGGCGUUGCCUGCCGCCUCUGAUUCUAUACGGCCUGAGAAGGGCACAUCGAGUUUCAAUGUGCAGAUCUACACGACCAAUCAACCUUCCUCCGCGCUGGCCAACAAGCUCAAGCUUUUGGUAGAGGCGUCCAAGGCGCCGAACGGUGCCGUGCACUAUGAAAAGAAGAGUGUGCCAAGCUCGGGGCUUACACGUCACACGAUCUCCAUCAAAGAUCAGGGUGCGGUGCUGCCUGCCGCGUCUCCUUUGACGUCUACCCCAGACCGCACGAAGCCGUCCCGCUCGACGCUCCAAACGACGCUGCAGAAUCUCGGUCAGUCAACGUACAAUUUUGUGCUGGGUGGUAUUGCUGGCUCCGUCGGUGCUACACUGGUGUACCCCAUCGAUUUGGUCAAGACGCGUAUGCAGAACCAGCGCUCGAAUGUCGUCGGUGAAGCGCUCAUGUACAAGAACUCGCUUGACUGUGCUAAGAAGGUGUUCAGCAAUGAAGGUUUCCUUGGUUUCUACUCGGGUCUUGUGCCGCAGCUUCUCGGCGUGGCGCCUGAGAAGGCCAUCAAGCUGACGAUGAACGAUUUGGUUCGUUCGCUAACGAAAGAUGCUGAUGGCCACAUUUCUAUCGCCGCCGAGGUCCUCGCCGGUUCCGUAGCCGGUGGUUCUCAGGUCGUGUUCACCAAUCCCCUGGAGAUCGUGAAGAUCCGUCUGCAGGUGCAGGGUGAGGCUGCCGGUGAGGCGAAGAAGAGUGCGAUGCAGAUCAUUCGUCGUCUCGGUCUCUUUGGUCUGUACAAGGGUGCGGGCGCUUGCUUGCUGCGUGACAUUCCGUUCAGUGCGAUCUACUUCCCUAUGUACGCUCACUUGAAGUCAGACCUGUUUGGCGAGGCGCCAGGUGUGAAGUUGUCGUUCGGCCAGCUCAUCUCUGCCGCGUCGAUUGCUGGUAUCCCUGCCGCGUUCCUCACGACCCCGGCCGACGUGAUUAAGACGCGUCUUCAAGUCGAGGCUCGCAAAGGUCAAGCGACGUACAAGGGUAUUACGGACUGCUUCUUCCAGAUCCUUAAGACCGAGUCGCCCACUGCGCUCUUCAAGGGUUCGCUGGCUCGUGUGCUGCGAUCGAGUCCGCAGUUCGGUGCUACGUUGGUGACGUACGAGUACUUGAAAGCGAUGAUUCCGUCGCCGUUCGCAUCGUCAGAAUCGCGUCUCCCUAGCGUUAUCAACUCGGAAGACUACCAGCGCACGCAAGAGGCGCUGAACCUCGUCAUGAGUAUCCACAAGCUCGCUCGUUCCUCGUAA